CUGGGGGGCACAGGGAGGCAGGUCUGAGUGCUGGUAGCAAGUCUACCUGGGGUCAUGGAGCCGCAAGGGCCUCCUGGCCCACAGCUGUCCUUCUGGCCGACCUUGAGCAGGAUUCAAGGCAGGGGGAGUGUGCCCUUCCCGUGGCCGCCCCAGCAGGCCUGGCCCCACUGAAACCCGAAGCCAGCCAGAGCUCCAGCCCUGGGCCGACCAGCUGCAUGGGGGCAAGGGUAGUGGCAGAGGCCGGAAUGAGGGACACAGACAGCGCCGGGCCUGAGCCGGAGAGCCAGUUGCUUUGCUGCAAUGGCGGUCAAGAGACUCCAGAGCCCAGGAGAGGUCAGCUGCUGACCAUACCAGAGCUGCCUACAGUCAUGCUGCUGAAUGGGGACUGCCCAGAGCGCCUGAAGAAGGAAGAGGGGCCCACCGAACCGCCGCGGGAAAAUGGGCUGGAUGAGGCGGAGCCGGGAGAGGAGACCACUGGACAGGAAGUCAUUGUCAUUCAGGACACGGGCUUUUCUGUGAAGAUCCUGGCCCCAGGGAUUGAGCCCUUCUCCCUACAGGUGUCCCCCCAGGAGAUGGUACAGGAGAUCCACCAAGUGCUCAUGGACCGUGAAGACACGUGUCAUCGCACCUGCUUCUCACUGCACCUGGAUGGCAACAUGCUGGACCACUUUUCCGAGCUGCGCAGCGUUGAGGGGCUGCAGGAGGGCUCAGUACUACGCGUGGUGGAAGAGCCAUACACGGUACGCGAGGCCCGAAUCCACGUGCGCCACGUCCGAGACUUGCUCAAGAGCCUGGACCCGUCCGAUGCCUUCAACGGGGUGGACUGCAACUCCUUGUCCUUCCUCAGUGUCUUUACCGAUGGCGACCUGGGAGACAGCGGGAAGCGGAAGAAGGGCUUGGAGAUGGACCCCAUUGACUGCACGCCACCUGAGUACAUCCUGCCAGGGAGCCGGGAGCGGCCAUUGUGUCCCCUGCAGCCCCAGAACCGCGACUGGAAGCCCUUGCAGUGCCUGAAAGUGCUCACCAUGAGUGGCUGGAACCCGCCCCCUGGGAACCGCAAGAUGCACGGGGACCUCAUGUACCUGUUUGUGAUCACAGCCGAGGACCGGCAAGUCAGCAUCACGGCGUCCACGCGGGGCUUUUACCUGAACCAGUCUACAGCGUACCACUUCAACCCCAAGCCCGCCAGCCCCCGCUUCCUCAGCCAUUCCCUGGUGGAGCUGCUCAACCAGAUCAGCCCGACUUUCAAAAAAAACUUCGCUGCACUGCAGAAGAAAAGGGUCCAGCGCCACCCGUUCGAGAGGAUUGCCACCCCAUUCCAGGUGUACAGUUGGACGGCCCCCCAGGCAGAGCAUGCCAUGGACUGUGUGCGUGCCGAGGAUGCCUAUACCUCCAGGCUGGGCUACGAGGAGCACAUUCCUGGACAGACCCGGGACUGGAAUGAGGAGCUGCAGACCACGAGGGAACUGCCCCGCAAGAACCUGCCGGAGCGGCUGCUUCGAGAAAGAGCCAUAUUUAAGGUGCACAGUGACUUCACUGCAGCGGCCACACGGGGCGCCAUGGCGGUCAUCGAUGGCAACGUGAUGGCUAUCAACCCUAGUGAGGAGACCAAGAUGCAGAUGUUCAUCUGGAACAACAUCUUCUUCAGCCUGGGCUUCGAUGUCCGCGACCACUACAAGGACUUCGGCGGGGAUGUGGCGGCCUACGUGGCACCUGCCAAUGACCUGAAUGGUGUGCGCACGUACAAUGCAGUGGAUGUGGAGGGGCUGUACACACUGGGAACAGUGGUGGUGGAUUACCGCGGCUACCGUGUCACGGCCCAGUCCAUCAUCCCCGGCAUCCUGGAGCGGGACCAGGAGCAGAGUGUCAUCUAUGGCUCCAUCGACUUUGGCAAGACAGUGGUGUCGCACCCGCGAUACCUGGAGCUGCUGGAGCGCACGAGCCGGCCCCUCAAGAUCCUGAGGCACUGGGUGCUCAAUGACCGUGAUGAGGAGGUGGAGCUCUGCUCCUCUGUGGAGUGCAAAGGCAUCAUCGGCAACGACGGGCGCCACUACAUCCUCGACCUGCUGCGCACCUUCCCGCCUGACCUCAAUUUCCUGCCUGUGCCUGGUGAGCAGCUGCCCGAGGAGUGCACCCGGGCCGGCUUCCCCCGCAACCACCGGCACAAACUGUGCUGCCUGCGCCAGGAGUUGGUGGACGCCUUCGUGGAGCACAGGUAUCUCCUCUUCAUGAAGUUGGCCGCCCUGCAGCUGAUGCAGCAGAAAGCCAGCAAGGUGGAAACCCCCACCUCACUGGAAAACGGCAGUCCACUCUCUUUGGAGUCCAAGUCUGAAGACCCUCUGGGACCCGAGGCAGGAAGUGAAGAGGAGGGCAGCAGUGCCAGUGGCCUGGCCAAGGUGAAGGAGCUGGCAGAGACCAUCGCCUCAGAUGACGGGACAGCAGACCCACGGAGCCGGGAGGUGAUUCGCAAUGCAUGCAAGGCAGUGGGCUCCAUCAGCAGUACGGCUUUUGAUGUUCGCUUCAACCCUGACAUCUUCUCACCAGGCGUUCGCUUUCCUGAGUCCUGCCAGGAGGAAGUGCGGGACCAGAAGCAGCUGCUGAAAGAUGCCGCUGCCUUCCUGCUCUCCUGCCAAAUCCCUGGCUUGGUGAAGGACUGCACGGACCACGUGGUGCUGCCCAUGGACGGGGCCACACUGUCUGAGGUGAUGCGCCAGCGUGGCAUCAACAUGCGCUACCUGGGCAAGGUGCUGGACCUGGUGCUUCGGAGCCCGGCGCGAGACCAGCUGGACCACAUCUACAAAAUUGGCAUCGGAGAGCUCAUCACCCGCUCUGCUAAGCACAUCUUCAAGACGUACUUGCAGGGAGUUGAGCUCUCGGGGCUCUCAGCUGCCAUCAGUCACUUCCUGAACUGCUUCCUGAGCUCCUACCCCAACCCUGUGGCCCACCUGCCUGCCGAUGAGCUGAUCUCUAAGAAGAGGAACAGGAGGAGGAGAAACCGGCCUCCAGGGGCAGCAGAUAACACUGCCUGGGCUGUCAUGACCCCCCAGGAGCUGUGGAAGAACAUCUGUCAGGAGGCCAAGAACUACUUUGACUUCAGCCUUGAGUGUGAGUCUGUGGACCAGGCUGUGGAGAUGUAUGGCCUGCAGAAGAUCACGCUGCUGCGGGAGAUCUCCCUCAAAACCGGGAUUCAGGUCCUGCUAAAGGAGUACAGCUUCGACAGCCGCCACAAACCCGCCUUCACUGAGGAGGACGUGCUCAACAUCUUCCCCGUGGUCAAGCACGUCAACCCCAAGGCCUCGGACGCCUUCCACUUUUUCCAGAGCGGACAGGCCAAAGUACAGCAGGGCUUCCUGAAGGAGGGCUGCGAGCUCAUCAACGAGGCCCUGAACCUGUUCAACAACGUGUACGGAGCCAUGCACGUGGAGAUCUGCGCCUGCCUGCGCCUCCUGGCCCGUCUCCACUACAUCAUGGGUGACUAUGCCGAGGCCCUCAGUAACCAGCAGAAGGCUGUGCUGAUGAGCGAGCGAGUGAUGGGCAUCGAGCACCCCAACACCAUCCAGGAAUAUAUGCACCUGGCCCUGUACUGCUUUGCCAGCAGCCAGCUGUCCACCGCCCUGAGCCUGCUGUACCGUGCUCGCUACCUCAUGCUGCUCGUGUUCGGGGAAGACCACCCUGAGAUGGCACUGUUGGACAACAACAUCGGGCUGGUGCUGCAUGGGGUGAUGGAGUAUGACCUCUCGCUGCGCUUCCUGGAGAAUGCGCUGGCUGUCAGCACCAAGUACCACGGGCCCAAGUCCCUCAAAGUGGCCCUCAGCCAUCACCUUGUCGCCCGGGUCUACGAGAGCAAAGCCGAGUUCCGGUCAGCCCUACAGCACGAGAAAGAAGGCUACACCAUCUACAAGACCCAGCUGGGCGAGGACCAUGAGAAGACCAAGGAGAGCUCCGAGUACCUCAAGUGCCUGACCCAGCAGGCUGUGGCCCUGCAGCGCACCAUGAACGAGAUCUACCGCAACGGCCCCAGCGCCAACAUCCCACCCCUUAAGUUCACAGCCCCCAGCAUGGCCAGUGUCUUGGAACAGCUCAAUGUCAUCAACGGCAUUCUCUUCAUUCCGCUCAGCCAAAAAGACUUGGAGAAUCUGAAAGCCGAGGUGGCGCGGCGGCACCAGCUCCAGGAAGCCAGCAAAAACAGGGAUAAGGCUGAAGAGCCCAUGGCCACCGAGCCUGACCCAGCGGGGGCCUCAGAGGAUGCAGCCUCCCAGCCCCAGGGGGCCAAGGACCCUCCUUCCCCAAGCUUGCAGGGGUAGAGAGAGAGAAAUGGACAGUCAGUCAGUUGCCCUGUUACCCAAUGAUCCAGACUCCAGGAGAGGGGGGCGCGCCCUGCAGAUCGGGAGAGGAAGCAAGUCCCUCUUCUUCCGCAUUUCCAACCCCAACCCCACCCCCAGCAUCCUCCUGGGACCCCGGCCUGGCCUGCCUGCCCGCCCCCCCGAGAGAUGUUUUUGCACUGGUUCAAUGAAUAUAUUGAUACAGAGGCCUAAUUGAAGACACAUGAAUGGAGUGUGUGGGCAUCAGUUCCCAGCUGGGGGGCAGGUGCCCCUCAGGCGCCCCCAUCCUCAAGCAGGUGUGUGUGAGUGUGUCCAUGCCCGUUAGCGUCUUGAUCCGUCCUUCCUAACCUGUACAUAGCCCGAGUCAGGUCCGAGUGGGUGACGUGCAGAUGCAAUUUCUCAGGUCAUUUGUAUGUUUGACAUUAUGGCUGCUGCUUCUGCUGCCACUACCCCUGGGCCCAACCUGGCUUGCAGCCCAGGUUUAAAGCCAAAAAAAAGGGGGAGCUUUCCUAUGUCCUGGGAUGGGGAGUCAGCCCUGUUGCAGGGCUGAAGAGCUGGGGUGCACUUUAGCUCUGUGGCAAGAUGAGAGCUGCAGUGGCUUUGUUAGUUGUGGUUGGGUCUGGCCUGGCUGUGCUUGGGGUGGGGGGGCCCCUGUGCCCAAACUGCACCUGUCUGCCUCCUGCUCCCUGCUCCUUAGCCGGGGAUACCUUGGGGGCUGUGGUCUGAAUGUAUCCUUCUCACCAUUUUAACCUGAGCUGCCUAACGCACAGUGGGGGAGUGGGUAGGGCAAGGGCCUGGGGGAACCAGGCCUGAAUCAUGGAUUCUGGGGGUAAGUUACCAGGUACAGGAGUGAUUGUCAUUUGUGGAGCCCAGCUCCCUACCUCGUUCUUGCCACACAAGCACCUUCAACAGAGAGUACCUCUGGGUGUGGCAGGUGGGGACAGCAUGGAAGGUGGUGGCCCCCACAGGCCCCGGCUGCUCCCUCUCCCGCCUGCCUGUGCUGCUUCUGUGCCUGCUGUUGGAGCCCUCGGGGGGCCGGGAGUGCCCCCCUUGUGAGCUUGAGGGAGCUGUUCAGAGGGGAGGCCUCUGCCUGGGGGUAGCUGCUUAUGGGUAUGGUCUGUCCAAACACCUUGUUUCAAAGGGAGUGGGCGUGAGCUAGCAAUCGAGGCAUCCCCACAGCUGAUCGAGAACUUUUUCUUGUUUUUAAACCACCACGUCUUCAUUUCACAUUGGAAUAAAGUGCGUUUUUGAAACCUA